AUGGACAGAAUACAAGGAGACUGUGCCAGUCCUGUGCUACCAGGAGAUGCAGAGAGGAGCAGGACUGGAGAACAAGACCCAGGACCAACUGUGUUGGGAAAAGCACAUGAGUUCUUUCAGAUUUGUGAUCUGGAAGGCAAAGGCUUCGUCACUUGUCAAGACAUGCAGAGACUGCAUCCUGAGUUACCUCUUAGCCUGGAAGAGCUUGAAAAAGUUUUUGUUACAUUGGAUGCUGAUGGCAAUGGCUCACUUACCCCAAAGGAGUUCACCGCAGGAUUCAGCCAGUUUCUUUUGGGGCAGAUUGCCUUGAAUAAUGAGAUGAUGCAGCAAUCAGAAGGUGGAACAGCCUGCCCACUUAAAUGUGAAGAGACCGUGAGUGAUGAUGAGGAUGAAGAAUUCCAGUUCUCAAAUCUGAUGGAUCGGCUUGGAGCUAAAAAGGUUUUGGAUGAUGAGAGUGAUGUGAAGCAACUUUGGUUGCAGCUGAGAAAAGACGAACCUCAUUUACUUUCGAGUUUUGAAGAGUUCCUGGUCAGAAUUUUUUCCCAGCUCCAAGAAGCAGAUAAUGAAAAGAAUGAGUUGGAAUGUGCGCUAAAAAAGAAAAUUGCUGCUUAUGAUGAAGAAAUUCAACAUCUCUAUGAGGAAAUGGAACAGCAAAUCAAAAAGGAGAAAGAGCAGUUUCUCUUGAAAGACACAGAGAGGUUUCAGUCCUACAGUCAAGAGCUACAGUGCAAGCUCCUGUCAAAAGAACAAGAACUGGAACAAUUGGUUCAAAAACAGAAAAGGUUAGAGCAGCAAUGUACAGAACUUCUCAGUGGGAAAGAAGAAACCAAAGAAGAGAACACCAAGCUGAAGCUGACUAACCAGGAGCUGCUGAGAGACCUGGAGAGAACAUCUCACGAACUAAGCCUGGCUCAACAACAGUUACAGGUGCUUCAGGAGGAGGCAUCAAGACUACAUGAGGAGAAGGAAAUGGAAGUGUAUCGAGUGACAGAAACCUUACAGAGAGAGAAGUCGGGACUUCUGAAGCAGCUGGAUUUUUUAAGGGAGAGGAACAAACAUCUCAAAGAUGAACGUGACAUAUUUUUACAGAAAUGCAAAACAAGUGUUCCAAAAGCCAGCUGGAAGCAAAGAUCAGGGUCUGUCAUUGGGAAAUACAUAGAGGGCAAGGUGCUGCCUAACAGCCAUUCAUUUGAAGAAGAUGAUGUUUUCAGUAACUCAAAGAGAAGGAAUUCUGCUGGACUGAAUGGAAUUCUCUCAGUAGAGCCUGAUGCUGGAGCCACUGGUGGUAUGUCUAAAGCACCACAUCUCCAAAGAAUAAUAUCAAUUGAGGAAGAUCACCUACCCCAGCUUCUUGACAGGCUGGUUGAUAAGCAGCUGAACAGAUGGACUGGAGAAGAUGGCACUACUUCUUCUGAGAUGGAAAGGGAUAAGAAAAACACAGAACCAUCAACGGAACACUCACCGUCAUCUAGAGAGCAGCCCGUAGGGAAGGAAGCACUGCCAAAUUUAGCUUUCAAGAUAAGGCAAAUUGGAGAGGCAACAGGAUUUAUAGAACAGUUGGAGACUAAUGUUUGCUCUUACUUGAAGGAGGAGAGAAUAAACUCUGUCCCAGAGCGCUUAUUCAAGAUUGUUUUUGUGGGCAAUUCAAGUGUUGGAAAGACUUCAUUCUUAAGGCGAUUUUGUGAAGAUCGUUUUUUCCCAGGCACAGCUGCUACUGUAGGUGUGGAUUACAAUGUGAAAACCAUCACAGUAGAUAAUACCCGGGUAGCCCUGCAACUCUGGGACACUGCUGGCCAGGAACGGUACCGAAGUAUUACCAAGCAGUUUUUCAGAAAAGCUGAUGGUGUCAUUGUGAUGUAUGAUAUAACAGCAAAAGACACAUUCACAGCUGUCAAGCAGUGGCUGAUAAGCAUCGAGGAGACGACUGGGGAGAAUGUACCUGUGCUUUUGUUGGGUAAUAAAACUGAUAAUGAAAAGGAACGUGAGGUCCCAAUGGGAAAGGGAGAGCAUCUCGCUAAGGAUUACAAUUUAAUUUUCUAUGAAUGCAGUGCAUAUUCUGGGUACAAUACCAAAAAGUCUGUGCUUCACUUGGCUAGGAUUUUAAAGGAACACGAAGAUAAAGUGAAAGAGAAAACCAUUGAACUUCAAUCGGAUGUGAAUAAAAAGUCUUGCUGUAUCAGGACAUAA